AUGCCAUUUUCCUCUCUCUUCUCACAGCCUUCUUCUUAUACCCCCGUUGCUGCACGCGAUACCAAUGACACCACCCAUGAAGACGCAUUGAACGACGAGACCAGCAAUCUAAUUGUCCCAGAGGAUCAGCUGCAGUUGAACGACAUUGCAACGACAAAGUUUGUCUAUAUCCUUGUGUUCAGCACUUGUAUAGGAGGCUUUCUCUUUGGUUAUGAUACUGGCAUCAUAUCAGGUGCUUUACAACCACUUCAAGAAGAGUAUGGACUCGUCACCAUGCAAAAGGAAUUUAUUGUUGGAGGCACUACAUUUGCAGCUAUCUUUGGUGGCCUUGGUGCUGGCAUGGGGGUUGAUCGCAUAGGACGAAAGGCACUUGUUCUAUUUGCAUCCGUGGUGUUCAUUGUGGGUGCCGUCAUACUGGGUCUUGCCACUGGCUAUUCAACUUUGCUGAUAGGGCGUCUCGUUGUCGGGUUUGGUGUGGGAAUAGCGUCCAUGAUCGUCCCAAUGUAUAUAAGUGAAGUUGCACCCAGGACGCUUCGAGGUCAAUUAUCCACAAUCAAUACACUCAUGGUCACGUUUGGUCAAGUGGUUGCCUAUCUCAUCAAUAUCGCCUUUGCAAAAGUGGAUGGUGGAUGGCGGUACAUGUUUGGACUGGCUGCAUUGCCUGCUAUCUUUCAAUGCUUUGCUCUUGCAUUCGUACCCGAGUCACCACGUUAUUUGAUUGCCAAUGGGGAAACGUUACGAGCACAAGCCAUUUUACGCAAAGUAUAUGGGGAAGCAGUAUCGGAGGGAUUCAUCGAUCAAGAAGUGUCCAGUAUACAAGAAAGUAUCAAGCAAGAAAGUGAAGGCGUAUCAUUCAGUGAGCUUUUCAAUCAGGUGAAUCGACGACCUUUAUUUAUCGCAUGUAUUUUACAAGCAGCUCAGCAACUCUCGGGGUUCAAUACGGCAAUGUACUAUGCAGCAACAAUUAUGCAAAUGGCUGGUUUCCGUGACCACGGCGACUCCACCACAGUUGCUCUCAUUGUGGCUUCCACCAACAUGAUCUUUACUGCUAUAGCCAUCAAGACCAUUGAUCGAGUUGGACGUCGACGUUUACUGGUUUCCACCAUGUUUGUGAUGAUCCUGGGGUUGCUCGCUUUGGGAUCAUCGUUUGCUUCUCUUCAAGGGUUGGUGCCCAAGCAAGAUACAUGCGACUUUUAUGGUUCCAAUUGUGCACGAUGUGUGCUGGAUGAACGUUGUGGAUGGCUUACUAUGGGAGAUACAUGCAGUGUUGUUGAAGGUCACGAGCAAGAUUUGUAUCAGAGUCCAACGGGAUGUCCACCUGAAUUCCAUGGACCAGUUAUAUCAGCGAGUCUAUUGGUGUCGCUCUUUGUCUACGUAGCAAGCUAUGCUCUUGGUCUUGGAUAUGCUCCAUGGCUUAUCCAAAGCGAAUUGUUCAGCAUGCAAGUCCGAGGAAAAGCAAAUGGCCUAGCUACUGCAGUCAAUUGGACCUGCAACUUGAUCAUUGCCACAACCUUUUUGUCGCUAGCCGAUGCCUUAUCCACUGCUGUCACGUUUUGGUUAUACGCAGUCAUCUCGUUUGCAUUUUGGGUUCUCGUUGUACGCAUGGUACCAGAGACCAAAGGGAAAUCCUUAGAAGACAUUCAAUCGCUUUUUCAUUGA